AUGGAGUCUGGACCUCGUCACGCCACUGUGGACCGUGGACAUAUCACGAAGCCUGAGCGGCUGGAGAAUACAUAUACUUCCGACACCAGUCUUCAACGGGUUCUCUCCUGGUACCUUCCAUCGCAGAAAUUGGAGCAAGCUCAAUCACAGCUGGUGGAGUUGGGCGAGGAAGCUGUGUCGGACGAGAUUCGGGAGUGGAGCGCGGAUGCUGAGAGACACCAGCCAUAUGUGAAGGGAUUCAAUGUCUGGGGUCAGCGAUAUGACUAUGAUCGACUGAUCACGAGCGAAGGGUGGAAGCAGCUGGGUAAAUGGGGUGCUCGGCACGGUGUGGUGUCGCUGGGAUAUGAGCCGACCUACGGGGCGGAGAGACGUUUGGUCCAGUAUGCUGUGAACUACCUCUAUUCUCCCUCAUCCGGGCUUUAUUCUUGCCCCAUUAGUAUGUCUGAUGGAGCCGCGCUUGUUUUGAACCAGGAGCGCAAGAGCCUACCCCCAGAUCACCCCUUCCAGACGGCGUAUCAGAAGUUAAUCUCCACGAAGGAGGAUUAUUGGACUUCCGGCCAGUGGAUGACCGAAAGAGCAGGAGGCAGCGAUGUUCAAAACACAGAGACUUGGGCUACGUACUCGCCUUUGUCACAUAAGUCGAAGGCCUCCAACGGUCUCGACGAGGGUGACUAUCUGAUCAGCGGGUUCAAGUUCUUUUCUUCCGCCACCGAUGCAAAUAUUGCCCUGAUGCUUGCUAAGACACCGUCGGGAAAGCUUAGUACGUUCCUUGCGCCGCUGCGGAAGACCAUCGUUGGGGCAGACGGCAAGACUCGAGUGGUCACCAAUGGUGUCCGAAUCCAUCGUUUGAAGAACAAGUUGGGAACCAAGGAAUUGCCUACGGCAGAGCUGGAACUUAAAGACAUGCGCGCGCACCUAGUCGGCACCGUCGACCGUGGUGUGAUGGCGAUUGCACCGUUACUCAACAUUACUCGGACUCAUACAUUCAUCGGGUCGCUGGCUGCAUGGCGACGUGCCAUUAGUAUUGCCAAGAGCUUUGCUAAAGCCAGAACAACGGUCGGCGAACCCUUGUGGCUCAUUCCCAUGCACUUAAGCCUGCUAGCAGACUUGGAGGUGAAACAUCGGGGAGGGAUGAAUCUCGCCUUUUUCACGGUUGCUGUCAUGGGCGUCGUCGAAAAUAACGGGGUCUCCACUCCUGCGGCGCACCUGCCCACGAAGGGCAAGGAAGCUCAGGUGGUGUUCCGGGCUUUGACAGCCAUCGCGAAAGCAGUGAUUAGCAAGAACGCAAUUGCAGGGAUUCAAGAAUGCCAAGAGGGAAUGGGCGGGGUUGGAUACAUGGAUGAACCGGACGAGCCGGAGUUCAACAUUGCUCGACUGCUACGGAACACUGCGGUGAACUCAAUUUGGGAGGGAACCACUAAUGUGCUGGCUAGUGAGCUCGUUCGCUUCCUUGUCAAAAGUGAUAAUCUGGCUGUCUUCUCCGCCUGGUUCGACCGCACGUUGGCGUUGAUUUCGACGCCUGAGUUCGCUGGCGCUUUGAAACAAACAUGGUCUGGCUUCCUUUCUCGGGUUAAAGCCACCAGCGAGCCACGGUUCAUUCUGGCGGAUGCUCGACGAGUCAUGUUUACCCUUGCCUGGAUACUCAGCAGUGCUCUCCUUGCUCUGGACGCCGAGCGAGACGGUGAUGUCGUUGCGACCGAAAUUGCACGACGGUGGAUCCUGCUCGGUGAAGGCGGCGUUGGUGACAUGGUUUGGCGAGACGUUAUUAGCGUGCAGCAUCCUACGGACGCAGGGCCUUCGUCGAUAACCAACGAACAUCUGCGCUGGGACUGUCGCAUUGCUUGGGGGGUGGAGUUGCCAGCAAAGCAAGUGUCGGGCCAUCGGUCAUUUCAGGGGAAUGGCUCGAAGUUGUGA